AUAUGAAGUGCUGCGGACGACCGGGUUAUUGACCAGUGACGAAAGUAGAGUGGUAGGCGUUACUACUACCAUCUUCCAUUACCGGCAGCUCGUAAUGUGUCUCGAGUUGAUGGCAAGCGUACGAUCCGACUUGGGAGAAUGCUUGAGGAGUUUAGGUCAGGGUAUCAGGGACCAUUGGUUCCCUUCACCAGUCUCGUGGAUGAAGACUGUCCGCUCUGCGGUGAGCAUAUCACAGCCUGCCAAAGACAAACCAUCUGCCCGUAUGAACCUUGGCUACGAGAGCGGCUUUGGUCACGCGGAGGCCGCUUGACGGAGAACCGCUAACGGCCCGUGGGCGAAGACAGAGGCAGACCGAGCCCAGUAUUGACGUCGAGUUGAGCAUGCCAAUCAUGAACCAUGGCAGAGCCCAAGCCGUCU